GUGACGCAGGCGGGAACAGCGCUGCGCAGGCCGGAAACCCAGCAGGCGGCAAAGAUGGCGGAGAACAGCGGUCGUGCCGGCAAGAGCAGCGGGAGCGGCGCGGGGAAGGGGGCGGUGUCGGCAGAACAGGUAAUUGCUGGCUUCAACCGCCUUCGGCAGGAACAGCGAGGCCUGGCAUCCAAAGCAGCUGAGCUGGAGAUGGAGUUGAAUGAGCACAGCCUAGUGAUUGACACUUUGAAGGAGGUAGAUGAAACCCGCAAAUGCUACCGCAUGGUCGGAGGAGUGCUGGUGGAGCGGACUGUCAAAGAGGUGCUGCCUGCUUUGGAGAACAACAAGGAGCAGAUACAGAAGAUCAUUGAGACAUUGACGCAGCAGCUUCAGGCAAAGGGAAAAGAACUAAAUGAAUUCCGGGAAAAGCACAACAUUCGUCUCAUGGGGGAAGAUGAGAAGCCAGCAGCCAAGGAAAACUCAGAAGGGGCUGGGGCUAAGGCCAGCUCAGCUGGAGUAUUGGUCUCCUAGGGACCAAGGCCUUUGCAUUUUUUUUUCUACCCUGCCUCCCACUUCUAAUUUCUCUUAUUGUUAUUAUUAUUUUCUCUGCUAUUGUAAUAUUUUUUGUUAAUUAAAUGUUUUGGUUAGAAU